UUACGACUGAACAUUUAUAACUCCUGAGCUCAGGAGACUCGUAAAAGCAUCAUCGUCUUAAUGCGGACUGCCAAACAAACCCUCCAGUCAGUUCCAAUCAUGUUGUUCAUCUUAAUAGUAAUAAUCUUAGGAUUAUUAUCCUUGAUUCUGGUCAACCGAAGGAAAAAUAACAGGAGAAUCAAUGAGUACUUGAAGGAUAUUCCCGGUCCCAGCCCGCUACCAAUUGUUGGGAAUUCCAUUGGCGCUUCUACUUACAGCAAAGGCGUUUUACGUUACUUUAUUGAUAACGUUAAGAAAUAUGGAAAGACUUCGUUAUUCUGGAUUGGGAGCAAUCCUUACGUCUUCAUCACAGACCCAAAAGAUGUUGAGAUUCUGCUCAAGGAUACGAAGAACAUAAGGAAAUCGAGGACCUACGACUUUCUCGUUCCAUGGUUAGGCGGAGGCUUGGUCACAUCCACCGGUGAUCAUUGGCGCGUUCAUCGGAAAAUCAUAAGACCCUCAUUCAACCUCAACAUGCUGGAAAAGUUCGUGCAAGUUUUCAACGAUUGCAGCGACGAUAUGCUCGAGAAUUUAACAUCGAAAUCCGACGGAGAAAGGUUCGACGUCUUUCCUAUAAUUGUGCGACAUACUUUGGAUGUAAUCACCGAAACUUCGAUGGGUUUGCAAAUGAGGAUCCAGAGGCAAGAGAAAUCUCCGUACUUGACAGCGUUGGAGAGCGUCAAGAAAAUCUCGUUCACCAGAGUCUGGAAUUCGUUGCUGCAUCCGGACUGGAUCUUCGACAACAUGGCAAUCGGGAAAGAGUUUAAACGCAAUUUGGAAAUGAUAAACGAUCACUGCAUGAAAGUAAUUAAGGAGAAGCAAACGAUUGGAUUAAAUGAUAAAUCGUUUUUGGAUAUUUUGCUGUCCGAGAAUCAGGGAGAAUUUUCCAUUAAGGAUAUUUUGGAUGAGGUCAACACGUUUAUGUUUGCAGGUCACGAUACAACUUCAACGGCAAUCGCGUUCAUUCUGCACUGCUUGAGUCUACACGCGGAUGUCCAAAAGAAAUUAUACGAAGAGAUUGAGGCUAACUUUGGAGCCGAAGUUGGCACUUUAACUUACCGAGAUCUUCAAUCCACGGUCUACCUGGAUCGAGUCAUUAAGGAGUCUAUGAGACUGUUUCCACCUGUCGCGAGUAUCAGCAGAGUCUUGGAUUACGAUUUGGAGCUCACGAAUGCGACGCUUCCUGCUGGAUGCUACGUGGAGUGUUUCAUUUACAUGCUUCACAGGAAUUCCAAGAUUUACCCGGAUCCGGAAGUCUUCAAUCCGGAUAGAGUCGACGCAGAGGAUCAACAUCAUGCUGCGUUCGCCGCUUUCAGCGCUGGAUUACGAAAUUGCAUAGGGCAAAAGUACGCAAUGCUAGAGAUCAAGUCGACGCUGAUCAAGAUUCUGCAACGCUUCGAAAUCUAUGGUGGCGAAACUAUUAGUAAUUUGCAGAAUUACGUAGUUCUGACGGCGCCCGAUGGUAUUUGGAUGAAGAUGAAGCCUAGACGGAUUACAUCUUGAUUCUGCUUCUUCGAAUACGUUUGCUGUAGUAGUUGUAAAUUGAAAGUAUUGGUAGCUGCAUGCUGUAAUAAAUAGUUUUAGUUGGCUCAACAUUAAUCAAACCAAAUCCCUUUUUUUGCAAGUUUUAAAAUA